GGUUUGGGGCGAGAUCGGAGGACUCCGACCUCCUGUUUUUCGGCGAAGCAUCCCUUGCUGGCACUUCUUUCUUGGAUUUCAAUUCUCGCGAAGGUGUUUCUUCAGAAGACUGGCUCUCGACGAUUAAGAUGUCAGGCUUGGAGAAAGGCCCUCAAGGCGUGUCUUCUAUACCAUAUCAGCAACAUCAUGGUAGACGAUGUGGUCGCGUUCUUCGACUUAUUGCAACCUCAUUUCUGCUAUGUGCCGCUACCUCUUUCUACUACCUCACUUCUUUCUACAGCCAGACAACUAUAUCUAAUGUCUACGACAAGGCCCAGGAAUGCGCUAUUCGCAACCUCCACUCUGAUCUAUCCUUCUUAGACUCCGCUGUGCCAAUUAAUGCGGAGGAGUUUAUUGCACGUAGAGAUCGGCUAGCUCGUGCUUUGGCUGCGUCAAAUGUGGAUGCUUUUGUGUUGGAACCAGGUUACACUUUUCAGUAUUAUGGCAAUAUUUCCCAAACUGACUGGGAACCCUGGGAGCCAGAGGAGAGACCAUUCCUCAUGCUUAUUUUGCCUCAGGUCUCUUCUUCGGGCAUUGUCAGUGCCAAGACGGCUUUUCUAUCACCCCAUUUUGAGGAAGGUCGAGUUCGAAUGCUAGGAAUACCCUCCCGCGAGGAAGAACUAGAUAUCGUCAUAUGGGAAGAGCACUGGAAUCCAUACGACACAUUGCUCAAGUCGCACGUUUUCAAUGAUAGACCCGCAAAGGUCAUGGUUGAUGAAGAGAUCCGAGACUUCAUUGUCCGUGGACUGGAGACGGCUGGCUUUACGACCGUUGGCCUUAAUCCCGAAGUCGAGCUUGUUCGACAGCAGAAGAGUCCAGCAGAAGUCGAACUUCUCCGCGCCGUUAACACUGGCACUGUUGUUGCUGUCCGAGCGAUGCGUCCGUGUCUGGUUCCUGGUCUGACGGAGAAUGAGGUAGCUGAAAUUCUGAACUCGGCUUUGCUAUCCAUCAACUUCGGGCUUUUUUUCAACAUUGUUCUAUUUGAAGAACACGGUGCACUCCCACAUGGUGGGUUUGUUACCGGGUGGAAGAAACUGACCCCCGAAAGCAUGGUCGUCAUCGAUGUUGGCGCUCACUACCUGGGCUACAGCUCUGAUAUCUGCCGUAGCUUCUUCAUUGACCCGCCAAAGCCGCGAGAACCAUCUACGCUAGAUCUCAUCAUGCAGUUGCUCGGAAAAGGUCUAAAAGAUGAAACGUCAUUCGGCCAUAAUUCUGAGCUGCGUGCUGAAAAGCUCAAGGUCUGGGAUAUCGUCUUGGAUGCCCAGUCUGCUGCCGCUACGGCUUUCAAACCGAACAAGACAGCAGCAAGUGUAGACAUUGCGGCUCGAAAAGUUAUAGAGGAUGCUGGAUACGGUUACGGUUUCACACAUCGUCUGGGUCAUGGAAUUGGCAUCAAAGCUCACGAAUCACCGUACUUGAAUAAGUGGAAUAAGGACAUCCUGCUUCAGCCUGGAAUGACUUUCACAAACGAGCCUGGGAUCUACCUGGAAAACCGGUUCGGUGUCAGGCACGAAGACAUAUAUCUAGUCAAAGAGUCUGGCGAUGCCGAGCUACUCUCUGGACGCAGAGCGACCGGGCCCUAUGACCCCUAAGUACAAGACAUACAUUUAGGAUCAUGCAAAGUCAGCUUGUAAGCGACUACUUGUUUUGUCAAUCUGCCAUCGACUUGGGUUUGCCGCCAGAUCUUGUACGCAGGGCCAAGUAUGAAGCGGAGGCAUGGCUGCUUGUUCACGGAGGGUAAUUACCGAAGAAGUGUUGUUUCGUUUGGGCUCAAAAAGUGUAGAUAUUCAGGAAGACAUCCGGAAACAUUUCAAGUCUUUCAAUAAGUCUCGCAACUUGCAAUUCCACUGCCAGAAUUUACACUUGGCAGCAAAUUCGCCGAAGCACGCGUAAAAAGCACACCACAUCCGUUAAAGACGACGUUCAAUAAGAGCCCUGUGGAGAUACAUAGCUUGUAGCCGCUUCUUGUGGUAGUGAGCCAGCGUUGCUAACGCCCCCCUCAUUGCGGGCUUGUCGCGUCUGGUGCCCCGCAGAUCAGACAAGGAAGCCCCUGAAGUGGGUGUCGGAGC